UCUCUCGCACCAGAGGCUCCAGUGCGCCCGCGCAACCAGCAGGUGCACGGUACCGCCGUCGUCGCGCCAGAGAGCCUGGACCAAGGAGCCGAAACGCCAUGGGAGUAGUGGCACGACAUGUCGUGGAGCAUCAGCUCCUGGCUUUUGAGAGCUUCCGUUGCGUCUGUGGACUGGACGACUGUGGGGCAGGCGUUUCCAACCCGGCGCAGCUGGACGCGUCGCGCGCCGGGCUCACCGGCAUCCCGUGCUCCGUGCUCCUGCGCUCCUGCGCUCCUGCACUCGCCUCCGCAGUCGCUUCUCGCCUCCGCAGCUCUCCGUCCUCGUAAACUCAUAAGCCGCACCCUCCUGCACCAGUGUCUGUGCGCCACGCAGCCACGGUUCCGCGAAUACAGUAACAAGCAUACAUGUGCCUAUCUAUGUCAUGCGCGUCCCUCUGUCGUGUCGUCAUGCUUCUCACGCGCUGCUGCGUCGCUGCGUCAGCGCGCAGUCGCGGUCGCGUCGCGUCGCACGGUCGCAGUUCUGUCGUGCUUGUUUGGCGACUGGCGUGCGAUGCAACGUGGCGCCUGUACAGCCUGGAUGGCAUAUGGCGCUGGACAGCAGGGGUGCAGGCGUGUUCGAAACCCCAACGGGCGCACCGCCUUGGGGCGGUGCAGAGUCAGCCGUGGUCGAUAUACAUGUAUACAUAAGGCGAGGCAGUUCUCGGAUCUCCCAAUCUCACGAUCUGCACUACUGCGAGUUGCAGUGCACCGAGCAGUGCAUGUCGACGAGUGUGUGACGCGUCGGCGCGUUCCACCCACACCCACACCUAACACACACCCCGCCCACCCACACCCACACCCACACCACAACACAUCAUCACCACAACACAUCAUCACCACAUGUCUCACUUCACCCACCCCCCAACCCCGCUCCUACCCGCGGAGGUGCCGGUCAUGCUGUCUCUCGCCAGUGCCCGGCGCCUCCACGCGUCGACAUCGCGAGUCUGAAUGUGUACAACUGCAGAGUCCCAACCCUCCGGCGGAGCCCUCGGAGAUACCGGCGCCCGGGGUUCGGGAGUAUACUCUCUAAACUAGGCAUCGCACGUUGCGGCUGGUCCCGACCAGCAAUCACCCCACGGCCCGGUCUUCGGAUGACACUCACCGGAUGGCACCCGAAACGCAACAGCUGACUUGUGGCCUUGUGGAGUAACGAUAGGGUCGCAGGCUUGGCAUGCUGCGCAUUGCGGGGCGGUGCACAUUCCGCGAGUGUGGGGCAUGCGUGGGGAAUGCAGUCGUGCACUCACAGAUCACAGGUCGCACUCACGA